UGGCCGGCCUGCAUCUUCCUGCGGCAGAGCAUCGCCAUCACCCAGCUGGACCGAGAGCUGCGGCCCGAAGAGAUCGAAGAGCUGAAGCAGGCCUUCCGGGAGUUCGACAAGGACCACGAUGGGUACAUCAGCUACAAGGACCUGGGCGAGUGCAUGCGGACCAUGGGCUACAUGCCCACUGAGAUGGAGCUCAUCGAGCUGUCCCAGCAGAUCACUGGGGGAAAGGUGGAUUUUGAUGAUUUUGUGGAGCUGAUGGGCCCCAAGAUGCUGGCAGAGACGGCGGACAUGAUUGGGAUCAAAGAGCUGCGCGACGCCUUCCGCGAGUUUGACACCAACGGGGACGGGCAGAUCAGCAUGGCAGAGCUGCGGGAGGCCAUGCGCAAGCUGCUGGGGCAGCAGCUCAACUACCGGGAGGUGGACGAGAUCCUCAAGGAUGUGGAUCUCAACGGGGAUGGUCUGGUGGACUUCGAAGAGUUUGUGCGGAUGAUGUCGCGCUGA